AUGGAACCAAUUCCCAGCCCUCACGGAUAUCCCAUAGUGGGUAAUGUCUUGGACAUCGAUCCUGAGCAUCCCAACGAAAGUCUGGCGCACAUCGCCGCGGUACACGGUCCCAUAUUCAGGCUGUGGCUACCUGCAGAACGCAUUUUCGUGGGAAACUAUGCACUUGCAAAGGAUCUUUUCGAUGAGAAACGGUUCCAGAAGGGCGUAACUGGUCCACUUGCUCAGGUUCGUCAUGCCACGGGUGACGGUCUAUUUACUGCACUUCCCGGAGAACACAACUGGGAAAUUGCGCAUCGCAUUCUGAUGCCAGCGUUCGGCCCGCUGUCAAUCAAAGCCAUGUUCUCUGAAAUGCAGGAUGUAGCCAACCAGAUGGUGCUCAGAUGGGCUAGAUUUGGUGAAAAUGUCGUCAUCAAUGUUGCUGACGACUUUACUCGGCUUACGCUGGACUCAAUCGCCUUAUGUGCAAUGGGGGACCGCUUCAACUCCUUCUAUCGAGAGCAACAGCAUCCCUUUGUCGAUGCGAUGGUGGGAACUCUCACUGAAUCCUUUGCAAGAUCGAGGCGCCUGCCCCUGCCUGCUCUGGUUUACUCCACACAGGACAAGAUGUUUCAGCUGGACAUAGAAAAGCUCGUUCAGGUUUCAGAGGAGCUUUUGAACGCUCGUCGCGCUCAUCCGACUGAAAAGAAAGAUUUGCUCAACGCCAUGCUGUUGGGACGUGACCCAAAGACAGGAGAAGGCCUGGACGAUGGCACCAUUGUUCGUAACAUGAUUACGUUCUUAAUAGCUGGUCAUGAAACGACUUCCGGUAUGCUUUCCUUCCUCUUCUAUGAGCUCCUCGAGAACCCAAGUGCGUAUCGAAGGGCGCAAGAAGAAGUCGAUACCGUCAUUGGAAAAGAAACCAUUACAGUAGACCACAUGGGGAAGCUGCCGUAUUUGGAAGCAUGCUUACGCGAAACACUGCGACUGCACCCGACUGCGCCCGCUUUCACGCUACAAGCAAAAGGUGAUCAAGUCAUCGGAGACCGAUACACCAUUAAGGAUAAACAGCAUGUGACUGUCAUACUUGCUCAGUUGCAUCGUGAUCCAGAGGUGUACGGAACCGAUGCUGAAAAUUUCCGGCCAGAGCGUAUGGAAGGCAAGGCUUUCUCAGAGCUGCCACCGAAUUCAUGGAAGCCUUUUGGUAAUGGUAUGAGAGCCUGUAUUGGACGUCCGUUCGCGUGGCAGGAGGCUCUGCUCACGGUGGCCACGCUGCUGCAGACGUUUCGCUUUUCCAAAGCCAAUCCAUCUUACUCGCUGCUAAUCAAAACGAGUUUGACAAUUAAACCGCAGGACUUCUACAUAAAAGCACACAUGAGGGAUCCGAACUUUCUCCAACGCGUGGGUUUUCCGUCGGGCGAUGCGGGAACCAGAGAUCCUGCACCUGCCAGCGCAAGUUCUAAACCAAGGGUGGAGGCGAACGACUUGCGACCUUUGCGCAUCCUGUUUGGAUCCAACACAGGAACGUGUGAAGCCGUUGCACAAGCACUCGCUGAAUCGGCUGUGGAGAAUGGCUAUAAAGCAGAGGUACAGGGUCUUGAUGCUGCAGUGUCGUCGCUGAGCCGAGACGUUCCAGUCGUGAUAAUCACGGCCAGCUACGAAGGCCUUCCUCCUGAUAACGCAACUCAUUUCGUCGAGUGGCUCAAGUCAAAUCCCAGCGAGGAAGUGAAGGAUGUCAGAUAUGCUGUCUUCGGCCUUGGAAACAAGGAAUGGUAUAGUACCUAUCAGAAGAUACCCACAUUUGUGGACGAUGCGCUUUUUAAGAAUGGAGCUCAGCGUCUGACUGAUCGCGUGGCGCUGGACGUUACGUCUGGCAAUAUUUUCGACUUCCUCGAUGAGUGGCAAGAAAGUGAGCUCUGGCCCAAACUGGGUGGUAAGAAAAAUAGCGCAGGUGCUCAGAAUAGUUCGGUCAGAGCUCUGCCUAUAGAGAUUGACGUUCAGGCGCGCUCCCACUUCCUUAAACAGGACAUGCAGCUGGCGCAGGUGUCAGGAGCGCGACUUUUGACACGGCCAGGUGCAAUGCGCAAGCGACACAUCGAGAUGCUGCUGCCUUCCGGUACGACAUAUCGGGCCGGCGAUUACAUUGCUGUUCUCCCUCUUAAUCCACCACAAGUGGUGCAGCGAGUCAUGAAGAGGUUCAGACUCCCGUGGGAUACGACCAUCACUAUCAAACCCGAGGCGAACACAAGCCUGCCUGUUGGCAGGCUACUCAGCAUCCAUGAUGUGCUGGCGGGCAUGGUUGAGUUGGGUCAGCCAAUCACUUCACGAUCGGUGAAUGCGGUGGCCAACUCAAUUGCUGACGAAAAAAACAAAAUUGCACUGCAGGAUCGUUUCGAAAAGGAGAACUUCCAAAAGCUUAACAUCACCCUCAUCGACGUUCUCGAAGAUUAUCCGGAUGCAGCUUUUACGAUCGCGGAGUUCCUUGCAGCGGUGACGCCGAUGCGUGUGCGACAGUACAGUAUCUCGUCUAGCCCAUUGGAGGAUGCGGCCAAGUGCUCGCUCACAUUCAGCGUUCUGGAUGCCUCCCAGAAGAGUGGGCGAAAAGACGCUCGCUACUUUGGGGCUUGCAGCACAUUCCUUGAGCGCCUGAACGUUGGAGACCAGCUUCAAAUAAGCUUUCGCCCCAGCCGAAGUGGCUUCCAUCUGCCCCAGGACGAUAAUCUGCCUCUGAUCAUGGCGUGCGCAGGAACAGGUCUUGCGCCAUUCCGCGCUUUUGUGGCUGAACGGGCGAUAAAGAAAAGAUCUGGCGCCGAUGUGGGCCCUGCUAUGCUCUUCUAUGGCUGCAAUGCCCCGGACGAAGACGAUAUGUACAGAGACGAAUUCGACGCAUGGGAGAAGCAAGGAGUCGUCAGUGUACGUCGGGCCUACACAUUUAAAGCAGAAGCGUCAGAGAAUUGCAAAUUCGUGCAGGAACGCAUCUGGCAUGACCGCGAAGAAAUCAAGGAGCUAUUCCACAAAGGCGCAAGCCUGUUUCUCUGUGGUGCUGGUGUUGUUGGGGUCGGCGUGGAAGCAGCAAUGGCAAAAAUCCGCGCUGAUUCAAGGGGCGAGACUAUUGAAGAAGCAACUCAGUGGGUGAAGAAAGUUAAAGGAGAUCGUUUCUGGUCAGACGUGUUCUCAUAG